AUGUGCGAGGCCUGCAGCGCCUACGGCUACCGGGCCGGCUACGCCGACUUUAACGGCGACCCAGCCGCGCCCGCCCUCUCGCCGCUGCCCAACAUCUGCAAAAUCGGCACGCUAUACGCCGGCGCGAGUCUCAACGACCAAACCAAUGGCGUCGACGCGCGCUCCUUCACCGCUAUUCUUACUGGUGGCACCACCUUCACCUUUUCGUACAGCCUGACGACGGGUUACGACCUGGCAGAAAUGCACGUGCACGCGUUCUGCUCCGUCCCGACGGCCUGUGCGCCGGGCCAGUACACGUAUCCAGGCCAGAACGUCGCGCAGCCGGACCUGUCGGGCACGGCGGACACGAGCUUUUCCCAAUCGUUCGCAGUCGCCGGGGCGCUGUGCCGCGGCAGCGUGUAUCUCAUCUUCCACGCCGAGGUCAAUUAG